ACACUCCUCCCAUUACCCCACCCCCCAUCCCUCAAACCCCACACCAAACUCCAUCCUCCAAGAAGCUCAUAUUUCAGUCUGCCCUCUCUCUACUCAAUUAAUUCCCUCUUCAUUUUUUAUUUUUUUUUAAAUAAUAAUUUUUUUUACAAAAGUACUAGUACUACAUGUCUUGAUCACAACUAAAUAGAGUAGUAUUUAUUUGUCCACAACCCACAUGGAGUUAAAUUGAAACUCUAAAAAAACAGGUGCACAACCCAUUAUUCUUGUACAUUUUAUAUUAGCUCAUGCCUAGGAGUUGCUGUUAGUCAGACAAAGAGAAGAAGAAGAGAAUUAUAAUUCCAUUAUAGUAUAUAGUUUUUUUUUAAAAAAAUUUUCUAGAGUUUUGAGAAUUCUUGGUAUUAGUGAAAAAUAGUCAUGAACAUGUUGUACUAGGCCUUUUGAGAUUUUCUUGAAUUGUAGCUCAAUUGUGUGUGGUGGUAAUUAUGGAUAAUUGGUAUUUUGUUCAUCAUUACACAACAAGACAAUGCCAAUGUUAUUGUACAACAACAACAACACAAGAAGAAGAUCAAGAAUUACAAGAAGAAGAAGAAACAAGAACUUACAAUUCCACAAAAAUUCAUGUUAUGGCUUCUAGAUAUUCCAAGAAUAUUUCACCAAUCAUUUACAUUUUUGUUUUCUUCCUCUUCUCUGUUUGUCCUGUUUUGUCAUCACUAGAACAAUUCAACCAAACUUUUAACCCAAGUGAUGACAUGAAAAUCAUUAAAUCACAUCUCAUGAAAAUCAAUAAACCUGCAAUCAAGACAAUUAAGAGUCCUGAUGGAGAUCUUAUAGAUUGUGUAUUAUCACAUCAACAACCUGCUUUCGAUCAUCCUCAGUUAAAAGGCCAAAAACCAUUGGAGCUAGCUGAGAGGCCAAGAUCAUCAGGACACAACAUAAAUUCAAUGGAAUUUGAAAAUUUUCAACUUUGGAGCAUGUCUGGUGAAACAUGUCCAGAAGGAACAAUUCCAGUUAGAAGAACAAAAGAACAAGACAUUCUAAGAGCUAGUUCUAUUCGAAGAUUUGGUAGAAAAAUUAAAAGACCAGUUCGUAGAGACACUACUAGUAAUGGCCAUGAGCAUGCAGUAGGAUAUGUAACUGGAGAUCAAUAUUAUGGUGCAAAAGCAAGUAUAAAUGUAUGGGCACCUAAAGUUACCAAUCAAUAUGAGUUUAGUUUAUCACAAAUGUGGGUUAUUUCUGGUUCAUUUGGUGAUGAUCUUAAUACAAUUGAAGCUGGUUGGCAGGUAAGCCCAGAGUUAUAUGGUGACAAUUAUCCAAGGUUCUUCACCUAUUGGACUAGUGAUGCAUACCAAGCCACAGGAUGCUAUAAUUUAUUGUGUUCAGGAUUUGUUCAGACAAAUAAUAGAAUAGCAAUUGGGGCAGCAAUUUCUCCAACAUCCUCUUAUAAUGGUGGUCAAUAUGAUAUUAGCAUCAUGAUUUGGAAGGAUCCAAAACAUGGACAUUGGUGGUUAGAAUUUGGAUCAGGAGUAUUAGUAGGAUAUUGGCCAUCAUUUUUGUUCACACAUCUUAGAGGUUCAGCAAGUAUGAUACAAUUUGGAGGUGAAAUAGUGAAUAGUAGAGGAAAUGGAUUUCAUACAUCAACACAAAUGGGAAGUGGACAUUUUGCUGGUGAAGGUUUUGGAAAAGCAUCUUAUUUUAGAAAUUUACAAGUGGUUGAUUGGGAUAAUAGUUUAAUACCAUUAUCUAAUCUCAAAGUAUUAGCUGAUCAUCCUAAUUGUUAUGAUAUUCAAGGUGGGAUUAAUCGUGUUUGGGGUAAUUAUUUUUAUUAUGGUGGACCUGGUAGAAAUCAACGUUGUUCUUAAAAUUAAGAGGGUGGGGGUGGGGGGGAGGGUACAUGUUUUU